GUAAUCCUAAAUAUUACGAGCUCACUCAAAUUUUUCAUUCAAUAAAAUUAAAAAUUUAUAAUCAAAUAUUAACUUGUUUUAGGCUCCCAAACACUCCCAUAAAGGUAGAUCGUUUGUAUCUUUAUACAGCAUAGAAAAAUCAGGUGAAACAAAGAGGGCAGCCAAAAAUACACUUUGUUUCUAAACAUACACAGCAGCAGACAGUGCCGCGCCGGGCUCUCCUCUCAGCCUUUUUUUUUUUUCUCUCUUUUUCUCCAUUGGUUGCAAAAGUGGGCGAAAAAGCUGUUUUACUGAGGAAUGGAGAACGGCGGUGCGUUAGCGAAGAAGCAAGUACUUUUGUACUACUGUGUUGAAAUGGAGGAUCUUGCUCGUAAAAUUGCUUAUGAUUCUGAUUGUAUUCACCUCCAUUCCAUUAACUGGAGGAGUUUUGAUGAUGGUUUUCCAAAUCUCUUCAUAAACAAUGCACACAAUAUCCGUGGGCAGCAUGUUGCUUUUCUGGCAUCUUUCAGCUCACCAGCAGUCAUCUUUGAACAACUUUCUGUGAUAUUUGCUCUUCCAAGGCUGUUUGUCGCAUCUUUUACGCUUGUAUUGCCAUUCUUUCCAACUGGAUCAUUUGAACGGAUGGAAGAGGAAGGAGAUGUGGCUACUGCAUUCACCAUGGCUAGAAUAAUAUCAAAUAUUCCAAUCUCAAGAGGUGGUCCAACUAGUGUAGUUAUCUAUGACAUCCAUGCAUUACAGGAGAGGUUUUAUUUCGGAGACCAUGUUCUGCCUCUGUUUGAGACUGGAGUCCCGUUGUUGAAGCAACGGCUUCAGCAACUUCCACAGUCUGAGAAGAUAGUGAUAGCCUUUCCUGACGAUGGAGCUUGGAAGCGGUUCUACAAGCAAUUGGGUCACUAUCCUGCUGUAAUUUGCACCAAAGUCCGGGAGGGUGACAAGAGAAUAGUCAGGCUUAAAGAGGGUAAUCCUGCGGGGUGUCAUGUGGUCAUUGUUGAUGACUUGGUCCAAUCCGGAGGUACUCUAAUAGAAUGCCAGAAAGUUUUGGCAGCUCACGGUGCAGCAAAGGUUAGUGCAUAUGUGACCCACGGAGUUUUUCCAAAGCGGUCAUGGGAGCGUUUUAUGCACAAGAGUGAUGGCUCAGAGAAAGCAUUCACAUACUUUUGGAUCACAGAUUCGUGUCCCGUCACUGUGAAAGCCAUAGCUAAUAAAGCUCCUUUUGAAGUCAUCAGCUUGGCAGGGUCAAUAGCUGAUGCACUUCAGAUCUGAGAAUAUUGUUUGCUAUGUCAUUUGUUGUGCAAUGUCAUCUAUAUGACUUUAAAUGGUUGUGCAAGCAUUUAUCCUUGUAACAGAAACUUAUAAUCUGCUGUGUCCCAUUGUAAUAACAUCCUCAGUUCACUAUGUCAACUGUUUAGCACAACCACAACUUACAUUCACUAUAUUUAACAUGUAUGGUCUCAUCCAAAGGGGGUAUAAUGAGUUGGAUUAAACUCCUCAAA